CAGGUAACCACGUGGAGAAAGCAUAGACUUUCCAAAGGAGCGAUGAGCAGGCCCCCAAAUCCGGGAGCGCAGGGAUUGGGUCUCCUCCAAGCCAGCCUCUCGGCCCCUGAGCCCUCCCCCGCCGCCUGCAGCCUCCCAGACCCCGCCCCUCCCUCGCUCCCGCUCCGCGCAGCCGCCCGCCUGCCCGCCGGACUUCAGUCUCCAGCCCCCGGCUCCAGAUUUCAACCGCCACCACCACCCCCCGACCCUCCCAGAGGACCGACUGCCCAGAGCGCAGGUCCCGGGACUCCCCGGGCGGGGCUGAUCCCGAGGAGCACCCCCCGGACUGCCUCUCAGAGCAGGGUGGGGAAGGGGAUCGUAGUCCGCCGCCACCUCCGAGCAGGCCGCCAGGUGAGCGCCGGGACAGACAGCACUGCAGGCACGCUUGAGCGUCAAGUUCACAAGCUUGAAGUGGAGCCGGCCAGUGGAGUUGUGUGUUGUUCUUCAGCUGCUUUAAACCGUGUGAGUACAGGCACAGGACUCUGGCGGCCGGCGAUGGGCGCCCGGCCCUCGCGGCGGCGGCGGCUGCCCGCGGAGCCGCCCAUAGCCUUGGACGCGCUGCCCCCGGAGCUGCUCGUGCAGGUGUUGAGCCACGUUCCCCCGCGCGCGUUGGUGAUGCGCUGCCGCCCGGUGUGCCGCGCCUGGCGCGACGUGGUGGACGGGCCCACCGUCUGGCUGCUGCAGCUGGCCCGCGACCGCAGCGCGGAGGGCCGCGCGCUCUAUGCGGUGGCCCAGCGCUGCCCGCCCAACAGCGAGGAUGAGGAGGAGUUCCCGCUGUGCGCCCUGGCGCGCUACUGCCUGAGAGCGCCCCUAGGCCGCAACCUCAUCUUCAACUCCUGCGGAGAGCAGGGCUUCAGAGGCUGGGAGGUGGAGCACGGCGGGAAUGGCUGGGCCGUGGAAAAGAACCUCAUAAUGAUGCCGGGCGCUCCUUCCCAGACCUGCUUCGUGACUUCAUUUGAAUGGUGCUUUAAGAGGCAGCUUGUGGACUUGGUGAUGGAAGGGGUGUGGCAGGAGUUGCUCGACAGCGCCCAGAUCGAGAUCUGUGUGGCCGACUGGUGGGGUGCCCGGGAGAACUGCGGCUGCAUCUACCGGCUUCGGGUCCGCCUCCUGGACGUGUAUGAAAAUGAAGUGGUCAAGUUCUCGGCCUCACCCAACCCGGUCCUUCAGUGGACUGAGAGAGGCUGCCGACAGGUCUCCCAUGUCUUUACCAACUUUGGCAAGGGUAUCCGCUAUGUGUCUUUUGAGCAGUAUGGAAGAGACACGCGUUCCUGGGUGGGGCACUACGGCACCCUUGUGACCCACUCCAGUGUGAGGAUCAGGAUCCGCCUGUCCUAGCUAACCAGCCUGACCCAGCCUUCCAAGACAGACUGCCAUCUGCCGGACACUAACAUCAAUCAAGGGCGCCUUUUGCAGCCAGGAGCCAGAGGAUGCCUGGGGAAAGGGGCGGGGAGGUCCCAUGUGGCCUGUUCCCGGCACUCUUCCAGUGAACCCCAUUUGCUGCUGCUUCAGCCAAGGAACCAGGGAUCCAACCAGGCUGGUCACUUGCUUCCCCAGGGCAGUGUCGAAGAGUAACUCAGAGACCUGUACUAUACUUGUAAAUUUCUUUCUCACGUGUGUGGUUAUCAGUUGAUGGUGGUUUAGUCACCAAGUCGUGUCCAAGUCUUGUGACCCCAUGGACUGUAGCCCACCAGGCUCCUCUCUCCAUGGGAUUUCUCAGGCAAGAAUACUGGAGUGGAUUGCCAUUUCCUUC